AUGCAGUCCUCCGACAAGGAACUCACAGUCCACAAGGCCCUACAACUUGUCUCUCCUUUCUUUGAAACAGAAUGGCCUCUUACAGAUGAGGAAUUGGUCAGCAUACGACCAAUCCGAGGCGGCUUUGUCAACACUCUUCACCUCCUGAGUCGAAGCAACCUUGCAGUCAAUGAACCGGCAGCUCUUCUCAUCCGACAAUUUGGUCAAAACGAUGACGAGGACAACGAGGAGCCAUCUACCRCAGACGCCAGUCUUUCAGCUGCAGAACAAGCCAUCAUGUGUUAUGAGAUGGGCAGAAGAGGCUGGGGUCCAAAACUAUACGGCGUAUUCCCAGGCGGACGAGUAGAGGAGUUCAUCGACUCACACACCUUGACCGCAGCGGAGUCGAUGAAUGCAAAGAUCCGGCAAGACGUUGCCCGGAGCUAUGCACGCCUACACACCCUCCAACUCCCCUUUGCAAAGCAAACUCACAAAAACGCCGUGUCUGAGAUGAUGGAGAGCAUGGCGAAGCAGAAAGUAUUGGAGAAGGGACUCAAGCGAAUGAGCGACAAUCAAGAAGCACGAAAUCUCAGGAAGAUGAUCCGCUCCACCGACUGGACCUGGGCCAAAGAUUUGGAGUGGGUCACAAAAUUCUUCGUCUUGCGUGAGUGUAAGCCGACGCUCACCAUCGGAGACGCAAACUACCUCAACAUCCUGGUCAAAACCUCUCCCAGUGAUGACUGCCAGGUCAUGCUCAUCGACUACGAGACGGCUGCAUACAGCUAUCGAGGGAUCGAUAUCGGCGGUCACUUCAACGAGCGACAAUACUGUUGGGAUGAUUCAGAGAGUAAUUUGUCGGGUAUUUCGCCGCCCGAUCUCGACGAACAACGCUCGUUCUGUGCUUCUUAUCUACAAGAGCUCCAAGCUUUGGGAGAGAAGCUUACCGAGAACGACACCGUAGAGCACCUACUGAAGGAAUCUCAAAUCGGACGGCUUUAUCAUAUGUUAUGCUCGGUUGCUUUGUGCUUUCGAGGAGGUAACGCCGACGAGCUAGAAUGGGCUGGAUCAAUGGGCGGUCUAACUCGUCUUAUGGAAUCUUACAUUCAACUAUAUCAUGAGUUUUUGGACAUGUACCCUGUUUAG